UGAAAUUUUUUUAUAGCUGUUUCAUUUAUCAGCUUAAUGUAAGUAAAUAUUUAUUUAAAAAUUCAUAAAAUAUAAAGAACAAACAUUGCAAAAAUUACAAUGUUGAUAAAUAUUUAUUUGAAAAAUAAAAAAAAACUUAAAUUUGUACAUUAAAACAAGUAUAUUAAAACAAAAUACUUGUAGAAAUAUUAGAAAAAUCAUAGAAAAAAAAAUUUAUUUAUAUAUAAAAAAAAAGAAGACAAAUAAGAUAAAGAUAUAAAAAUAUAUUUAAAAUAUAAAUGGAAAAUAUAAAAAUGAAAUAGUGUAUAUAAAAUAUAUUAUGAAAUUUAAAGAUGUAAAAUAUACAGUAUAUAAAAUAUAAUAUAAAAUAAAUAAUAAAUAAUAUAUAAAAUAUUAUUAAAUAUAUAUGUGCAACAUAAAAACAAUAUAUGUGUGUGUAUGUGUGUGUGUGUGUGUAUAGAAAAACUAUAAAAUAUUUUAUAUAAUAUUAUAUAAAAUACAAUAUUUAUAUAAUAUUAUAUAAUUUUAUAUAAUAUUUUCCUAUAAAUAUAAAAAUGGACAGAUUCCUUGCAUAAUUUUAAUAUAUACUUGUAAUAUAAAAUUUACAUCAAUACAAAUGACAGCAAAUUAACAUGUUCUUUAUUUCACAAUUGAAAAAAUUAUAAUUAAAUGAAUAUAAAAAUAUUAUAAAAUAUUAUAAAAUAUUGCUAAUGUUAUUUAUGUUUAAAAUAUUGAAAUAAGAAGAAAUUCAUAUUUAUCCUUGUACAUAUUGACCGUAUAUCAUACUUGCAUACUUACGAUAUAAUAUUCAGAAUCAAUUCACAACUGAAUUUGUUAUUUAAUUUUAUUUUUCAUAAUGUAUAAAUUUCAUUCCUAUUUUCACUAAAUUUGUUAGUAAAUUUUCAAUAUUUUAAUUUUAACAUUAUAAUUUAGAUUAUUUUCGACUAUAAAUAUUGACUAAUCUUUCAAUUGCGAGGUAGUGUUCUAUGGUUCUAAGAGAAAUUGAGUUGAUCAUCUGGAUAUUAUAGAUAUUCAUUAGCUGCUUUAAUUAAAAUGUAAGAUAAUAUUUAUCCAAUCUUCAUUAUUUUUAAUAAAUCAAAAAAUUUUUUUGUAGUAUGCAUAUUUACGUAUAUAUUCAUGAAACGUUAUGUGUUGUAACCCAAAUUUAAUAAUUGAAUUUUAGCUAAAAUAUAUUCUUUGUUAUUAUGUCUUCAAAAUAAACAAAAUUAAAUUAAAUUAAAUGUGUAGAAUAUAAUUAUUGUACAAUAUAUUGUGAUAUGUGUUUAUAUAAAUAUAAAUACAAGAAGAAAGAAAAUAUAUAUGUAUAUACUAUAUGCACAGUGAGUACUUAUUAAGUGAGUCAAAAAUGCCUGGAGAACCAUCUAUGAGUGGAAAUAAGAGCUCUGGAAAAAUUAAACGCAUUUCUAUUCCAAGAGUACAGAGUAGCACAGAUACAGAAUUGCAAUCACAAAGUGGAUCUACUCCAUUGCAACCAACUGCACUUCAUUAUGCAGCAUUUCGUACAGAUCCUGAUGAAAGUGUAUUGCCACCAACUUUAAGAUGUCGACUUUUUGAAUUAUUUCAACAAAUAGAAAAAGAAUUUGAAGUUCUUUACACAGAAAAUUUAGGAUUACAAGAAAAAAUAGAUACUCUUAGUGAGAGACUUGAAAGAGAAUGUUAUGGUUCUGGAGAAAGGAGUUUACCUCUUGGAGAUGUUGCAGACUUUCCAGAUACAAAAAGUCUUUCCAAACAAAAAUCUAUGGCAGGAAACUCAGCACCAAAAACAAAAACAACUUCUAAUAAGUUAAAAGCUCAAACUAGUAAAAUAGUUUCCAGUUUUAAAACACCAACAAUGACUUGUAGUAUGCAAAGAGAAUAUUCUGGACAUCGAGAUGGUGUUUGGGAAGUUUCUGUUGGAAGAUCAGGCCAAAUUAUUGCUACAGCUUCUGCUGAUCACAGUGCUAGAGUCUGGGCUGUUGAUAGUGGACGUUGUUUAUUACAAUAUAUUGGUCAUUCUGGUUCUGUUAAUUCCAUACGUUUUCAUCCUACCAAAGAGUUAGCACUCACAUCAAGUGGAGACAAUUCUGCUCAUGUAUGGCAAGCUGCUGUAGAUUGGGAUUUACCCAAAAGACAGAAUUCAUCUGAAGAACUUUCAGGCUUGAGUUCUGAUAGAAAUCUUAGUGGAGUGAUUGUUUUAAAUGAAGAGCAAGAAGAACCUCCUACAUUGAGAACUCCAGUACGAGAAUUAUUAGGUCAUACGGGUGUUGUUAUGGCCGCAGAUUGGUUACCUGAUGCAGAACAAGUGGUUACUGCUUCUUGGGAUAGAACAGCGAAUCUUUACGAUGUAGAAACUGGAGAAAUUAUUCAUACAUUAUGUGGACAUGAUCAAGAACUUUCUCAUGUAUCAACUCAUCAUACACAAAGACUUUGUGUUACUUCAAGCAAAGACAGUACUUUUCGUUUGUGGGAUUUUAGAGAAUCUAUUCAUUCAGUUUCUGUUUUUCAAGCACAUACCGAAACUGUAACAUCAGCUGUCUUUACACGUGAAGAUAAAAUUGUUUCUGGUUCGGAUGAUAGAAGUGUAAAAAUAUGGGAAUUACGAAAUAUACGAAGUCCUUUAGCUACAAUUCGAGGUGAUAGUGCUGCUAACCGAUUAGCAGUAUCAAGCACUGGCAUUGUUGCAAUUCCACAUGAUAAUCGACAAAUUAGAUUAUUUGAUCUUAAUGGUCAACGAUUAGCUAGAUUGCCUAGAACUAGUAGACAGGGACAUAGAAGAAUGGUCUCAUCGGUAGCCUGGGCUGAUAGUGGUGUCUGUAAUUUGUUCUCUUGUGGUUUCGAUAGAUUAGUCUUGGGAUGGAGUAUCAUACCUCUUAAAGAAUGUUAAUAUAUAUGUUAUAAUAUGUACAUUAUAAAUAUAUUUAUUUAAUUUAGUUUAACGUAAUAUUGAAGUAAGAUUAUAAAAUCAAAUUAAAAUUGAAAAUAAAUAAUUAAACUAAUUCUAAAACUUUAAAAA